GUGUAACGUUAUGCUGAGAGAACAACACAUCCAUCCAGCCCUGUGCGGAAGUCUGACUCCACCUCAGGAGAGGCACAGUAGUAGGGCAGGGGCUCAGUCUCCUGGAGCAUGGUUUGAGGCGCAUUCAAUCCAUAACCUAAUACACAAUAACAGCACAGGGGCAGCAGAACGCAGGGGUCCACCACGACCCUUGGAGGACAGACUACACAACAGCACCAGAGGAACAGUGAUGGGAGGAACCAGGAGAUACGCAGAAACAAGGAACAGUGAUUUUGCUUAUUUGCUGGAUCAGGAAACGGAGCUGGGGAACAACAACAACAACCUGCUGUGGUCUCUGGGACAACUGCCAGACUAUGAGUCCUCCAGUCUGGACUACAUGCUGGCCCUCAGCCUGCAGAGUGAAGGUGACUUGGAGGACCCCCGUCAGGAGGGCGUGUGGACUGAUGUGUGGGACCGUCACCUGGGAAGGACACCAGCCCAUAGCAAUCUCACUUCCCAGCUCCCCUCCAACACUAAAAACAACUGCACUGCGGCCUCCCCUAAAAUCAAUCCGUCCGUGGGCCACAGCCCCUCCUCAAACAUCAUGCUACCUUGUGAGUUCUGUGAAGAGCUCUUUCCAGAGGAAGACCUUAUCUUACACCAGACCGGCUGCAGCCCAGCCUCUGCUAUUGCUUCCUUCAGUAAACAAGCUCCUUCUCUUCAAAAUGAAGAAAUUAUCACUCAAGGGGCUAGUCAUGUCAUUCCUCCCCACACACCCAGUCCGCCCACCCUGCCCCUCUCCGUUUCGCCGCUCUCCUACAGUUCCUCCUCCAGCCCAGCUGAGGGCGACGUACUCAUUCCUUGUGAGUUUUGUGGUGUUGCCUUGGAAGAGGAUGUGCUCUUUCACCAUCAGGACAAGUGUGACCUCCGGCCCCAGACAGCUUAUUCAAUCGACAGAUUGUCUCCACUGAAACCACACCACACCACCAAAGAGGCCCACGAGAGGCAGAGAAGGGUGAGACAUCAAGCUGACCCUGAUGAGGAGCUCCUGCAGCAGACGGCUCACGGGUGGCAGAAAGGCACCUCAGGUUUGGACCAGUGGCUGCCCUCAGCCUACAGUAACACAAAGAACACGAAUGCUGAGCAGCAGGUGAAGAGCAGGAACCAAAGUGGCAGAGCAGUAGAAGCCAACACGUACCUCAAUGACAGCCUCAAGCCCCGUUCUACAACCACUUCGGGACCUCCACACAGAGGAAGACUGGAAGGUAGAAGGAGUGAUAAAAACACAGAGACACCGAAGGUGCCUAAAAAACAUAAUGUUGAAAAAGAGGAGUAGAAGAAAAGGGGAAAGAGUCUCACCAAUCUUCUGAGUCUCUGUAACUUAAAGCAGUGACCUGUUAUUACUGUCUAUAGACUAUUAUGUUUGUGUCUGUAAAACAUGUACAUGUCCAGGUGAAUUUAUCAAUUCUUUGGCUUGUAUUUCUUUAAUUGGACUAGGUUUUUUUUCUUCAUUGUAUUUUUUUCUAUGGUGUUUGUAUGUGAUUUUAAAUGUUGUUUUGAGCUUUGCUAUUUUAUCUUUGUUUCAAAGACGUUGGAAAAAGUUUUUUUUUUUUUUUACACACAUUA